AUGGCGUUCCACGUGGGAGCUCCCGCCGGCCCAGUGCUGGCCCAGGGCGCCAGCAGCCCGGAAGCUGUGGAAGCCUCCUGCCCGGGGAGUUCCCAGUGCAAAGCAGGUGGGGAAGGUGCAGACCCCGGUCUGAAACCCCCGUCUCCAGCCUCAGCCUCCUCCACUGCCCAGGAGCUGUGGCCUGAAGCAAAGUGCUCAAGCUCUCUGACUCAGUUUCUGCAUCCUCGCAUUGAGGGUCCCGGGGCUUGGCCCAAGGGCGAUGGGCCUAGGGUGGCUGAGAGGCCAGGAGCGAGCCGGAGAGUUGCCAAGCUCCACGUGGCCGUGUCCUCGCCCUCCACCUCCUGUCCUGAAGGCCCCGCUCCCCUGGGCUCUCCAGGUAGGUGGGGCCUGUGGGAGGACCGGGCAGGCCCCUCGCCAUCGCCGCGGUGCCGCGUGUGUGGCGACAGCAGCAGCGGGAAGCACUACGGCAUCUAUGCCUGCAACGGCUGCAGCGGCUUCUUCAAGAGGAGCGUGAGGAGGCGGCUCACCUACAGGUGCCAGGUGGGGGCCGGCACGUGCCCAGUGGACAAGGCCCAUCGCAACCAGUGCCAGGCCUGCCGGCUGAAGAAGUGCCUGCAGGCGGGCAUGAACCAGGACGCCGUGCAGAACGAACGCCAGCCCCGGAGCACAGCCCAGGUCCGCCUGCACAGCCUGGAGGUGGACACCCGGCCCCGGCCCGAGGUCCUGGUGGCAACCCCCGUCUCGGCAGGGCCCAGCGCCCAGGGGCCCAUGCCAGUCUCUGCAGCCAGGGCCUCGGGCCACCACUUCCUGGCCAGCCUUAUAACUGCGGAAACCUGCGCUAAGCUGGAGCCGGAGGAUGCUGAUGACAACAUCGAUGUGACCAGCAAUGACCCUGAGUUCCCCUCGUCCCCACGCGGCCUGGAUAGCGUGCACGAGGCUUCAGCUCGCCUGCUCUUCAUGGCUGUCAAGUGGGCCAAGAACCUGCCCGUGUUCUCCAACCUUCCUUUCCGGGACCAGGUGAUCCUGCUGGAAGAGGCGUGGAGUGAACUCUUCCUCCUCGGGGCCAUCCAGUGGUCGCUGCCCCUGGACCUGCCAGCUGCUGGCUGCGCCCCCAGCUGCCCGCUGCUGGCUGCGCCCCAGGCCCCUGCAGCCAGCAGGUCACAGGCCCACCUGGCGCUGGCCAGCGCCGAGAUGCGCGUCCUGCAGGAGACGGUCUGCCGGUUCCGGGCGCUGGCGGUGGACCCCACGGAGUUCGCCUGCAUGAAGGCCCUGGUCCUCUUUAAGCCAGAGACGCGGGGCCUGAAGGACCCCGAGCAGGUGGAGGCCUUGCAGGACCAGUCCCAAGCGAUGCUGAGCCAGCACAGCAAGGCCCACCACCCCGGCCAGCCCGUGAGGUUUGGGAAACUGCUCCUGCUCCUCCCGUCCCUGAGGCUCAUCACCUCUGAGCGCACCGAGCUCCUCUUCUUCCGCAAGACCAUAGGCAACACGCCCAUGGAGAAGCUCCUUUGUGAUAUGUUCACACACUAG